AUGACAACGCAGUGCAGCAGAGUGCAAACAGGCGUUGUAAAUUCUCCCACUCAGUCUCACUCAGUCUGUUCUCUUUUGAUACAUGCGCGAGCCGAGGGCCCCAUCUACGUGUGUACCAGGAAUGAUGCCCUGAAGGACAUCAUCGCGUCUGUCCCCGCAGACCGGCAUGAGGAUUUGGUUUUUGUUCAGAACGGCGCCCUUGUGCCGUUUUUGGACCAGAACCUGAAGCCAGGCUUGCCUAUCACAAUUCUGCUGGUGUACUUCGCCGUGGCCAAAAAGGGUGAACCUCCGCUGGAUGGAAAGACAGACACAGAUCCAGAAGGUUUGACAGCCGUGAACAGUGGGAAAUGGGCACAAGAAGUCCGCUGGAGGCUGACAACCAGCGAUCUAGCAUGUCAAAUCUUGCGCGACCCAGAGUUCUUCCAGGCUUACUGGGAAAAGAACCUCUGGAUUGCUGCUUACAUGCUUGUCGGUGCACUCCACGAUGGCUGCACUGUGGGCGAUGUGGAAUCCAAGCAUCGCAAAGAGGUGGACGAGCUCAUAACUCAGCUGGCGACCGCUGUGGCCGCCGCUAAUGCAGAUGUUCGAUGGGAAAAGCUGCUGCUGUGUGACCGACUGGCCGCUUAUGCACGCAGCGUGGCACACUUUCCCACUGCCGUGAAGGAGUUUGAGUGGCGAAAUGGGCCUUUUUACGUCACUGCCUUAGCAACUCCAGCGGCGGGCCGGCCAGAUCCUUGCCCUCAGCACACCGCGGGCCUUGAAAAGCUAGGCGUCUUUUCCUCGGAAGCUGUGUGA